UUUUGAAGUCCAGAUAGUGGUCUGAAUCUAGUCUGCCUUGGUCUGCAGCUGGAUAUCCCAAUAUUAUCCUCGAUUCUCGCGGUGUAAUUAAAAAAAAAAAUACUAAUUUGAGAUGUCCUGCAAAAUGACCGAACUCUUCAAUGGAUAUUGAGAAGCAACCGUUAUUUUGGAGUUAUGAAGUGACUUCAGUUACUACAAACGGAAGUGAAACGAACCACAUCGAGCGAUUCAUGUUUUAAUAACGUCAGUAUUGACUUACAAGUUGAUUAUUUCCUUAUCACAGAGUGCAAAUUCUAUCAUACAUCUUUGUCCUUAUUUAUGGCAUUGCCUGUAAAAUGAGCCUCGAUUUAAAGAGAAAGAAGGAAGAUGUUCAGACAGCAUCUUCAGGAUCCAGCUGUGUGUCUCAGAAAAGUGCCGAAUCCCUCCCACAGCCUCCUAAUUUCAGUCUGACAACACCAUCUCCAGAAUCCAAGCCUACCACAGUUACCCCAGACAUUGCCUGUAAAAUGAGUCUCGAUUUGAAAAAGGAGGAGGAGGAGGAGGAUGUUCAGACAGAUGAAGCAGCAUCUCCAGAAUCCAGCUCGGUGUCUGUGAGAAGUGUUGAAUCCAUCCCACAGCCUCCCAAUUUCAGUCUGACAACACCAUCUCCAGAAUCCAGCUUGGUGUCUGUGAGAAGUGUUGAAUCCAUCCCACAGCCUCCUAAUUUCAAUCUGAGAACACCAUCUCCAGAAUCCAGCUCGGUGUCUGUGAGAAGUGUUGAAUCCAUCCCACAGCCUCCCAAUUUCAGUCUGACAACACCAUCUCCAGAAUCCAGCUCGGUGUCUGUGAGAAGUGUUGAAUCCAUCCCACAGCCUCCUAAUUUCAAUCUGAGAACACCAUCUCCAGAAUCCAGCUCGGUGUCUGUGAGAAGUGUUGAAUCCAUCCCACAGCCUCUUAAUUUCAGUCUGAUGACACCAUCUCCAGAAUCCAGCUCGGUGUCUGUGAGAAGUGUUGAAUCCAUCCCACAGCCUCCUAAUUUCAAUCUGAGAACACCAUCUCCAGAAUCCAGCUCGGUGUCUGUGAGAAGUGUUGAAUCCAUCCCACAGCCUCCUAAUUUCAAUCUGAGAACACCAUCUCCAGAAUCCAGCUCGGUGUCUGUGAGAAGUGUUGAAUCCAUCCCACAGCCUCUUAAUUUCAGUCUGAUGACACCAUCUCCAGAAUCCAGCUCGGUGUCUGUGAGAAGUGUUGAAUCCAUCCCACAGCCUCCCAAUUUCAGUCUGACAACACCAUCUCCAGAAUCCAGCUCGGUGUCUGUGAGAAGUGUUGAAUCCAUCCCACAGCCUCCUAAUUUCAAUCUGAGAACACCAUCUCCAGAAUCCAGCUCGGUGUCUGUGAGAAGUGUUGAAUCCAUCCCACAGCCGCCUAAUUUCAAUCUGAGAACACCAUCUCCAGAAUCCAGCUCGGUGUCUGUGAGAAGUGUUGAAUCCAUCCCACAGCCGCCUAAUUUCAAUCUGAGAACACCAUCUCCAGAAUCCAGCUCGGUGUCUGUGAGAAGUGUUGAAUCCAUCCCACAGCCGCCUAAUUUCAGUCUGACAACACCAUCUUCAAAACCUAAGACUACCAAAAAGCAGAGAACAAUGAGUUCUGGACUGAAGAGAGGUGCUGCAGUCAGAUCAAUGACUUACCAACACAAAACAUGCAUGAAGAACAAAUAUGAGAGAUUAUUUGAGGGAAUCAAUCUAACAGAGAACCAAACCCUCCUGAACAGGAUCUACACACAGCUCUACAUCAUAGAAGGAGAGAGUGAAGGAGUGAAUGAAGAACAUGAGGUUUUACAGAUGGAGAAAACAGCCAGAACACAAGACACUCCAAUCUACUGCAAUGACAUCUUUAAACCCCUAAAUAAACCAGAGCAUGAGGAGAAAGACCAAAUCAAGACCGUUCUCACUAAAGGCAUCGCUGGAAUUGGAAAAACCGUCUCUGUGCAGAAGUUCAUUCUAGACUGGAGUGAAGGAAAAGCCAAUCAGGAUGUAGAUUUCAUGUUUGUGCUUCCAUUUCGAGAGCUGAACUUGAUUAAAGAUCAUCAGUACAGUCUUCACAGACUUCUGCUGGACUUUCAUCCUGAACUUCAAGAUCUGGACUCAGAGAUGUAUGAGGAGUGUAAAGUCGUGUUCAUCUUUGAUGGUCUGGAUGAAAGCAGAAUCCCACUGAAGUUUUCAGACGUUGAGAGAGUUAGUGAUGUGAAUGAGUCUUCAUCAGUGGCUGUGUUGAUGUCAAACCUCAUCAGAGGAGAUCUGCUUCCCUCUGCUCUCAUCUGGAUCACCUCCAGACCAGCAGCAGCCAAUCAGAUCCCCUCAAAAUACAUCCACCGUCUGACAGAAAUUCAGGGAUUCAAUGAGCUUCAGAAGGAGGAAUAUUUCAGGAAGAGAAUCAGUGAUGUGGGUCAAGCCAGCAGAAUCAUCUCCCACAUCAGAAGAUCCAGAAGCCUCCACAUCAUGUGUCACAUACCCGUCUUCUGCUGGAUCUCAGCCACUGUGCUUCAGAAGCUCCUGAACCAAGAUGACAGAGCAGAAAUCCCUCAAACUCUGACUGAAAUGUACAUCCACUUCCUACUGACUCAGAUCAACACGAGGAACCAGAAGUAUGAAGAGAGAGAUCCAGAGAAACUCCUAGAGUCCAGCAGAGAUGUGAUUGUGAAACUUGCUGAACUGGCUUUCAAUCAGCUGAUGAAGGGCAAUGUGAUGUUCUAUGAGGAGGACCUGAUUGAGAGCGGCAUUGACGUCACUGACGCCUCAGUGUAUUCUGGAAUUUGCACUGAGAUCUUUAAAGUGGAAUCUGUGAUUCAUCAGAGGAAAGUCUACAGCUUCAUUCAUCUCAGCUUUCAGGAGUUUCUCGCUGCUUUCUUUGUGUUUUACUGCUAUGUAGUCAAAAAUGAGAGGGCGUUGAAGUUGUUAUUAGGCCCCAAUAUCCAUUCAACCCUACAACAAUGUAGAUGCGUUUUCGGAAUUCAUUGGGAUGGUCCUGAAAUGCAUUUGUCUAAUCUUUUAAGUGAAGCAGUUCUUGAAUCUUUAAGGAGUGAAAAUGGACACCUGGAUCUUUUCUUGCGGUUCCUGCUGGGUGUCUCACUGGAGUCCAAUCAGAAACUCUUUCAGGAUCUACUGCCACACACAGAGAGCUCCUCAGAAAGCAUUAAGAGGAUCACACAGUUCAUUAAAGAUAAAAUUAAGGGCAAACAGCCUUCACGUUCUAUACCUACUAGUUUAGGAAUACGUUCAUGUGAGAAUUUAAAGCCAAAUAAUUUGAGUGCCUCAGCUGAAAGAUCCAUCAAUCUGUUCCUCUGUCUGCUGGAAAUGAAGGAUCAGACUCCACACAGAGAGAUUCAGGAAUUUAUGAUAUCAGAACAUUUUACUAUGAGUCCACUUUCUUCCUCUCACUGCUCAACAAUCGCCUACAUCCUUCAGAUUUCAGAGGAGGUGCUGGAUGAGUUUGAUCUGAAGAGAUACAAAACAUCAGAUGAGGGCAGAUGGAGACUGAUACCAGCUGUGGUGAACUGCAGAAAAGCUUUACUUGACUGCUGUAAUCUCACUGGUCAGUGCUGUGAAAGUCUGUCUUCCUGUCUACAAUCAUCAAAUUCACUGAGAGAGCUGGACCUCAGUCACAAUGACCUGCAGGAUUCAGGAGUGAAGCUGCUCUCUGAUGGAUUGAAGAGUUCACAAUGUCAACUUGAGAUACUUAAACUUGCUGGCUGUAAUCUCACUGGUCAGUGCUGUAAAGGUUUUUCUUCAUUGCUACAAUCAUCAAACUCACUGAUAGAGCUGGACCUGAGUCUCAAUGACCUGCAGGAUUCAGGAGUGGAGCUUCUCUCUGAUGGACUGAAGAGUGUACAUUGUCAACUGGAGAAACUGAGAUUAUCUGGCUGCAUGGUUACAGAGGAAGGCUGUUGUUUUCUGGCUUCAGCUCUGAGGUUAAACCCCUCACACCUGAAAGAGCUGGAUCUGAGCUACAAUAACCCUGGAGAAUCAUUAGCCGAGCUGAUCUCGGAUCCAAACUGCAGACUGGAGAAACUCAAUGUGGAUCAUGGAGGAAAGAUCAAGGCAGGACCACAGAAAUAUGCAUGUAAUCUCACACUGGAUUUAAACACGGCCAGCACUUAUCUCGCUCUGUCUGAGGGGAACAGAAAGGUGACACGUCUGCGAGAAGAGCAGCCGUAUCCUGAUCAUCCAGAGAGAUUUGAUGAGUACAAUCCUCAGGUUCUGUGUAAAGAGAGUCUGACUGGACGCUGUUACUGGGAGGUUGAAUUGAGUGGUGGGGAGAUCUACAUAUCAGUGGCGUAUAAAGGAAUCAGCAGGAAAGGAUGGAAAAAAGAAUGCUGGAUGGGAUUAAAUGACAUGUCUUGGAUACUAAACUGCUUUUAUAAGACAUUCUUCGUCAGACACUAUAAUAAAUUUGAAUUAUUAGAAAAAUUCACCUGUCCCAUUAACAGAGUAGGAGUGUUUCUGGACUGGCCUGCUGGCACUCUGUCCUUCUACAAUGUCUCUGACACAAACACACUCACACUCCUACACACAUUCAAAACAACAUUCACUGAACCACUGCAUGCUGGAUUUAGGAUUGGCUGGGACUCAUCAGUGUCUCUGUGUGAUAUAUAAUCCACUUUCAUCAGAAAUAUCGUAGAGACUGAUGAGUAAACAAACGCAUUCACGUUUUCUGUCUUUAACUCACACCUGUAAAACUAUGUAUUUGUCCUGAUUAAGCUAUUUGACAAAAUUUGUGCGAUCAAAAUUAACAUAAUCCUUGUCUAUAAACACAACUAUGCUUGUUACGUGUUCAGGAAUGCUGUGGGUUAAUCUGCACUGCCAUCCUAUUGAUGUUAUUAUUUACAUACGAGCAGGCGCAGCCAUUGAAGUUUUCUUGGAUUAAAACCUCCGGCUUCAUUCACUUAUAUUGAUUUUUAAAUGUUAAAAACAGCUUGUUAAGCUUUUUGAUGUUGCAAACCGAUAUUUUAUUGUUACAUUAUUCUAUUUUUUAUGUAUAGUCAUGAACACAGUUUGUAGAGAAAGUCAUUUGAGCAUUUUUCUGCCGUUUAUUAUUCCUAGUCAUUUCACCCAUAGGCAGCUGAAUGGGAUGUUCUAAAACUGUUUGUCCGCUAAGACUUAAACAGUGUUUUAAGGCCUUUUAAAGGGCAGUUAUUUGACCCAUUUUUCAAGAUUUACGAUUUCUGUUGUAUCUCCAGAAUGUGUUGGUAAGUUUCAGCUCAAAACACCCAUCAGAUUAUUUAUUAUACCUUUCAGAACAUAGGAAUUUUCUGCUCUAACACAAUGUAGCUGUUUUUGUGGCCUGUACCUUUAAUGCUUGUUCUCCCUGCCCACCGUUCCCACGUGCCUGUCAGAGUGUGCCUCAAUCUCCGGCUGCGUCAGAUAAACAGCACAGUGACAGACAUGAAGGAAGCAGAUCUCACGUAACGUUUGUGAGAAAUACUACAGUAAGAACUUUCCCAAUGAUUAUUUGAUGUGUGUGUUGUGGAGUUGCAUUGAUGAGUCACACAAAAUGUCGUUACAAAGUUCACGCAUACACACACAGCGGACACACACAUAAGGCGCAAGCGUUUAACUUUGCACUGUUUUCGCAUGGCAAAUGUAACAGGAUACAUGUUAAUAUCCACUGUUGUAUGGAUAUCCGUUAUGUUAAUGUACAAAAUAAACCUGAUUUAAGGUCCACAAA